UGUGCGCACCUGCGUAAGACCAGCAGUGUCCGCAAAUCUGCAAACCUCAUACAAGUGAGAAGCAGCUCCUGCGUCUCACAACCCGCCCGUGAGGAAGGAUUUCCAAACGUCUCUUUGUUUUUGUUUUUUUGUUUGUGUUUUUUAACAAUGACUGAAAUUUGUGCUGGAUUACAAACUACGAGGAGCGUUUGUUGCCUCGUUUUAUCCUCCGAGCAGCUGUGACCAUCGUGUCCAGACACCGAUACGCACCGUGCUCGGACACAUCUCUCUACUUGUUGUCACCCUGCGAGAAACAAUGUCAUCCAAAUUAUUGGCUUAUGUCUUACUCCUGUCUGUCCUUCACACAUGCUCUCUAACAGUCGAGUAUGAAGAGGACUACGAGGAUGUCACUGUGAACCAAAUGCUGGCCCCUAAAUCACAAGACACCGACACCACGGAAAUACUCAACAAUUUAUUGAAAGAAUAUGACAAGAAACUGCGUCCAGACAUCGGAGUUAAACCAACUGUUAUAGACGUUGGCAUAUUUGUGAACAGCAUCGGACCGGUGUCAUCAAUAAAUAUGGAAUACCAAAUUGACAUCAUCUUUGCCCAGACGUGGACAGACAGCCGCCUCAGAUACAACAGCACAAUGAAAAAACUGACUUUGAACAGCAAUAUGGUUGGACUUAUUUGGCUACCAGACACCAUCUUCAGGAACUCCAAGAAUGCAGAUUCCCACUGGAUUACAAUGCCCAACCAGCUGCUCAGAAUAUGGAACGAUGGGAAGAUACUUUACACCUUAAGGCUGACAAUAAACGCAGAAUGCCAGCUGCAGCUGCACAACUUCCCAAUGGACGAACACUCCUGUCCACUCAUCUUCUCCAGCUAUGGAUACCCACGAGAUGAGAUGAUUUACAAGUGGAGGAAGAACUCUGUGGAGGCGGCUGACCAAAAGUCCUGGCGUCUCUACCAGUUUGAUUUUAUGGGCCUGAGAAACACUACCGACAUAAUAAAGACUACAGCAGGUGACUAUGUGGUGAUGACGGUGUAUUUUGACUUGAGUAGAAGAAUGGGCUACUUCACCAUCCAGACUUACAUACCCUGCAUCCUCACCGUGGUUCUCUCCUGGGUCUCCUUUUGGAUCAAAAAAGACGCCACGCCAGCGAGGACGGCUUUAGGUAUAACCACAGUGCUCACUAUGACUACCCUCAGUAGUGUGGCCAGGAUGUCACUACCCAGAGUGUCUUAUGUCACUGCCAUGGACCUUUUCGUCACCGUCUGCUUCCUCUUUGUCUUUGCUGCUCUGAUGGAGUACGCAACGUUGAAUUACUAUUCAUACAGCGCUCGAAGACCAAGCUGCAUGGAACCUAAAAGAUCGAACUAUUCUGUCCUGGAUGUGAGACCUCCACACACCGUCAUUGCUUUAAACAACUCCAUGUACUGGCAGGACUUUGAGGAGGCUUGUGUCUACGAGUGUCUGGAUGGAAAAGACUGCCAGAGCUUCUUCUGCUGCUUCGAGGAGUGUAAAGGAGGCGCGUGGAGAAAAGGACGCGUCCACAUAGAUUUACUUGAACUGGACACAUACUCGCGCGUCUUUUUCCCCACCUCCUUCUUGCUGUUCAACAUCGUCUACUGGGUAGGUUAUCUCUACCUUUAGCACACUGCAGGAGCAUGGUCUUUUGGUCACAAAAGAAGGACAGCACAGUUUAACAGAAGAAAUUCAAAAUAAAUAAGAAAGGUAACACCAAAUAAACUCUUCGCUGUGGUACCUGAAGCACUCACCUGGAGAUAAACAGAGAGGACAGGGUGUGUCUGCAGCACCAAGCAGAGAUUUCUGCCUCUGUGACUUCAGGUAUGAGAAUACGACACAAUACUGAUUCACUUCGAUAUGCUGUACACAGAGGGAGGACAGGAUGGACUGACAAAGAAGACAAAGAAGGAAAUGUGCUUUGCACUGCUACCCCCAAACUUCUCAAUCAGGAGGAUGACUUGUGUUGUAGGGAUUGUACUGGCAUGUUAUUAACCAGCCAUCAGUCAAAUCCAGUUGAUGAAAAUCCAAGGACGUUCAAACCAUUCAUAGUGCCUUCCUCUGGAGGGGUAGAUACUAUCUGCUACAAUAAUCAGGGAAUAAUGAUUUAUAAAUAAUAAAAAAAAAUACAAGAGUCUGGCUUUGACUGAUUGUGGCUGUUUUCAUCCAGAGUUUUGAGUUUAUGAAACAGCCGUUUGUUGUAACAAUCAUAUAAAAAGUCUUUAUUAUCUCCUCACACUGACUUUCAGUCAUUAGGCAUGGCUCAUUCCUCCUGCUUGCACCUCUAUAUGGUAUAAUAAAUAAAUUAGUUCCCAGAGAAGAGGACGAUUUGAAUUGACCUCAUAAGCAGAAAGAAUAAUACUAUGUGAUUUAUUGGCUUUAUUUAUUUAUUUUAUUUAACAGAGCGUGAGCCCAAACCCGAACUCAUAUUAAAUACAUUUCCUUCAAGGGAAUAGUUUGAUAUUUUGGGAAAUACAUUUAUUUGCUUUCUUGUCAAGAGUUACAUGAGAAGAUUGAUGCCACGUCCAUGUACACUAAAUAUGUAGCUGUUUCCAGUCUUUAUGCUAAAGCUAAAAAGAAAAGAAAAGAGAAAAGGGGUGUCAUUGAUAGUUAUGAUUAACUUCAAGCCUUAAUAUAAUGUAAACAGGUCAGUUCUAUAAAAAUUCA